AUGAGUCGCGAAGGACAAGCCAUAGGAAUUUUGACCGCCGGUCUGGCCGGUCUGGCGCUGGGUUUGGCAGCAGGCAUAUUGCUGGCUCCCCAAACUGGCAACGAGACUCGUAGCUACGUGCGCCGCGGCGUCGACCGAGCCGUCGGUACCGGUCGGUCGUAUGUGGACCGCGUUCGUAACCGCGCCGAUGACGAAGUAGAGGAGUUGCUGGAGCAAUAA